AUGCAUUUUUUCAAAUUUCCUUUAUUUAUACUCUUUGGAAUCGUCUUCAUUGUUUAUGUUUCAGCCUUUAACCCUAGCAAUGCUAUUUCUGCCGAUAAUGAAUUAGAAUCUAAUCCUGAUUCUACUGACAUUUCUGAUGAAAGUAGUUAUGUGGAUUCUGAAACUUAUCUCUCGAGUGAUGUUGAGAAUAAUAACGUAGAUGAAGAAACUCACAAAGAAGAUCUUGAGAUUAAACCAUCUCAAUUUGGAGGACGUUAUGGAGGACGUUUUGGAGGAGGUUAUGGAGGACGUUUUGGAGGACGUUAUGAGAGGGUUACAGAGAAGGCUACAGAGGAAGAUAUGGAAGAUUCGGAGGAAGAUUCGGAGGAAGACGUGGAGGAAGAUUCGGGGGAAGAUUCGGGGGAAGAAUUGGAGUCCCUCGUUCUCGUUUCUGAAGUUUUAAUUCAAUAUAUAAUUUAA